UAUAUCUUGGCCAGUUUGCUCAACAUCAAGCUAACUGCAAGACAUGGUAUAACAACGCAGAAUACUAAUUACUCCAAAUUGUUUUGUAGGAACAAAUUACUUCGAAAACGAUAUCCAAUCUUUUACAAAAGUUCCAGCGACAGCAACUUCAGCUUUUGUAGAACUGAAUAUGAGCAGAAUUGAUGGUAAAAAAGUGUAUUCCAGUGUUGAAUGUGAAAAUGGUGCCAGUUUAAAGACCCUAGCAACCACCAAUGGAGUCCAAAUCACGACGACGGCCCCAGUUCUUCCCUACGGCACCAUUGAUGUGAUAGAGAUGUCGGCCACAGAGUACCCGGCACAGGACGGCUAUCAGAGUAGCAGUUUGGGUAUCAGAUGUGAAUGGACCCCCAUCGAUACCAUCGGUAUUCUGUAUGAGUUUGCUGUCAGCGGCCCUGAUAUUUCGUUCAAAGACGUCAUCGAAUCCCUGGAUCCACUUGUGUCAAAAGUAUGUGUAACAGGAGAUAUGUUGCUCACUAAUGGGAUCUACAACCUAUCCGUUAGUGCUAUUAACACACUGGGGAUGAAAAGCAACACACUACUGGAACAGUUGAGGAUCCACACAGCUAUGGACAAGUCGUGUAAAGAAGACAAAUUUGAAACCGUUACGUCAACUAAGAACACGCUGAGUGUAGAUUGGUCAGAUGUGUUUUCUGACACAGUCGAUAUUCAUUUCUACGAAGUGUCAGCAGGAACGCUUGGAGGCGUGGACAUCGUACAAUGGCAGUACACCACGGAGAACCAUUUAGUACUUGGAAUCCCAGAUAAAAUAGUCGACCAGGAAACGGUUCUAAUACACAUCGUCGUCAAGGCCGUAGAACGUAGCGGCCUCUAUACUACAUGUAAAACAACGUUGCAUUUUUAAAGAGUGCAUAGACAUCGGACUUCAUUAUUUGUUUUAUGGCCAUUGUGUUAUACAUCCGAAUUCAAGUAGAGGAAACAACAUUAUUAAACUUUAGAUUUAUAUGUCCGGCAGGAUAGUACUGUGUUACUGAACAGUUUGUUUAUAUAAAUAUGUAUAUCUUAUUACAACAUAUCAUUGAUCUUCUUUCGCUCAUCAAUCUGAUCAAAACCAGAUCUUUAAUUACAUUCCGAUACUCUACGUUCCAAGGUAUCGGAGUGGAAUUAAAGACCUGGUUUUUUAAAUCAGAUUGUUCGCUUAUUAUUUAUAUAUUAUGUAUAUUUUUGAUAGCCCAUUUUACUUUUCUAAUCUCAAUUAAUAAUUGAAAUACUAGCAGAGGGGUAGCGAGGCUGUUUUUAUGUUGAAACUACAUCUCGAAGUUAUUUGAAAGUGAAAAUAGAAUUUACAUACUGAUCAUUACGACGGUGAAACGAAAUCUUCUCGAAUUUUUCCAACACGCUGAUAUAAAUAACUUUAACCCCAAUGGUUGUACAACAUUUUAUGACAAAGAGAGAAUAUCUGUUAUUUCAAUUUCAAAAGAUGUGCAUCUUAACCGUGAACGAUUUGUGUCUAUUUCAGUUCCAGAUAUCGAAAAUAUCUAUGUUAACACCGAGAGUUUCACAACUAGUAUCGGAUUCUUUGUGGUGAUCAGUAUAUGCUUCGUUACAAACUUGUGUAUACAAAUAUUACACAAAUCAAAUUUUGUAAAGUUGUAGUUUUCCAUUGAAUACCAAAAAAAUCUUAUUUGUAAUCAUCAAAACCACUUACAAGAAAUUGGUUUGAAAUGUUUAUAAAUGAGGUUGGCAUGUUUUAUUUCAAAUUCCUACUACUCCCUAAAGGAUGCACGAAUGGUAGCCAUAUUUAUUUUUAAAUAUGAAUGUGGCAGGAUUAUUCCAUUUUCUAAAUAUGAAGUUGGUACGACCCCUUGAGCCGGAGGAUUGUGGCCCAACUAGCAGUAGUUUGAUUGUAAAAUCGUGCUAUACGUACUUCAGAAUGAUUUAGAUUCCCUCUUAUAGCCAAAACACACAUACUAUCAGUAUUGCUUAUAAAUUUCACCCCAUCCCUAGUAACUAAGUUCUUGAAUCAUAACAAUUAGCAAAUGUACAAUUGCAAGGCAUGAAGAUACAAUUAACAUGAAGACAUCUGAGUCUCUUAUGCAAAUAUAUAUAGAUAAUAACAUAUUCGAUACGAGAUAUUGCACGUUUAUUAUAUCAUGCAGCAUCACUUCUUUGAUAUUUCAAACUAUCCGUUGGUCUAAGUAAUGUAUGUUUAGCUGAUGGAAAUCUUCUUGACAUUUUAAUAUCCAAUCUUUAUGUUACUUUAGAAUGCAUUCCAUCUAAAUAUAAUUAUGUUCUUUAGU